GUUGCAAGCGAGAAGUGGUAGCAACCACCAGCAGUGGAGGGACCUGGGUGCCGCUCCAUGCCCUGUAUUCGCAGAUUCUACCUGGCUAAUUCAUUGUUACGUUGUCCUUGUAAGACGACCCUCAUCCUGUCUACAUAGAGCAGAGGGGGGUAGAAUGCGGCGGAAAGGAACAUCGGGAUUCCCGGACCCUGCGGCCGAGCCCGCGGGACGGCUACUCGAUAGGGCGCCCUCAGCACCCUCUGUUAUGAAGCUAGGUGUCGCGUUGACUAUGGUUUGGGCUCUGUACGCUACGCUUCUGCUCGCGGUAAGCGGACGGGAGCGUGCGGAACCCGUACUACCAGCGUUGCAACCAACAAGUGAUCUGACAACAUUGCUCGCUGCCGGCCAUGCGGCGGAUCCAAAGCCUCCAAAGCCUCACCUGCUUCGAAAUAGCUUCCGACAGCUGAACAUGAUGGGGUUCGAGGAAGGCAGUGGGCACGGGGGGGAGUGGAUAACAUGCAGAGCGUACAAGGAGGCCGAGCUGGGUCCUGACAAAAAGCAAGAACAACCUGGUUUCGACAAGUACCUGCACCCUGUCGCCCCAAGACCCAAGGCUGGGUGGGAGCUUGAGAUGAGCGAGAGCCAGGACGCGGAGUGGCUGGGACUUCACAGCUUCGACAACAUGUACGAGUACGGGUCCGAAGAGGCGGACAGGAGGGUGGAGAAGGCGGGCUACUGCCGGGUGCACAUGCCGUCCAUCCCCCGCACGGGCAGCACGUGGUUCAGAGCCCUGUUCGAGACGGCUACCUCACAGCCCUCGUUCUCCAUGUGGCCGGAGGGUGGCACCUUAAAGGAGCGGUACACCGCCUUUUCUUCGGACGACCCUUGCGGAGCCAGCCUGGAUCACAUGGAAGGCAACCUGAGAUCGAAGGCGAAGUUCCCCUGCAGAGACCUCCGGCCACCGAACGCGACGUCUCCUAUCCUGUACAAGAGCCACACUCCCUUCUUCCCGUCGUACAACAAGCCCAGCCUCAUGCCCGAGGAUACCUGCAUGCUCGUACUGCUCGUGAGAAACCCGAUCGACAACCACGACGCCUGGCAGAGGUACAUGGCCGGGAAAGCGCCGUGUUUGAGGGAUUACUUGCCGGUGUGGCAGGGGCACCUGUCCCACUGGGUGGCCGCGGCCGGCGACAUCCCCAUUUACGUGUUCCGGUACGAGGACAUGCUGCUCCGAGCCGAGGAAGUUCUCAGGAGAAUACUCAACACGCUGCCGGGAGGGUGGAACUGGUCGGAAGAAUCGAUCGCCAGGGCGAUGAGCCUAUUCGGCCCCAAGAAACCGUUCAAGCAAAAAUGCGGUGCGGGUGUUCCCAGGGCUAGUCUUGCCGAGGUGGAAAUGGUCCGACGACACUACGGCGCCUACAUGCGGCACUUCGGGUACCGUUUUGUCGAGACAUGAAACGGCACAUUGCAUCGGCCAUCUACGUGGAGAGAGGUUGACGCCGGUGUUGCCGGAACGUUGACUGUUGCUUGCUUUCCCUGAUACCCUAUAUCUCGUUUCGCGUUGUCUGUGUUACUAUUGUCGACGGCUGCCUUGGGAAAUUCGGUGUGAGCCUUGGGGAAUGGCCUCUUGCGAGAGUGAAGGGUGUUGGGUAGCUUGGCGACUUUUGGCUGUGGAUGGCAUUCCGUAGGCCGAGAUUCAUUGGUGUUGGAUAUUCAUUUGGUGUUGCUGUUUGGUGGUCUGCGCGUGUCGUGUUCUUUGCGUCAUGAGCAAGUAUCCAUAGCAGCCUUCCGGUGGGGAACAGGUCAGACGAGUCGAAAGACGGAAGCUGUGUUACUUGGGCGAGCCAGUCGUGCAUCCACAGGUUGGCCCGAUGAGGAUAGGAGAGUGAAUGCCAAAUCUUGUGUUUCUUCCUGUGUGACAAGCGGGGUCCCGUAAGUGGGCUUGCUUUGUAAUCCAUAAGGAAACGGCGACCGUCCGAAGGGGUGGGAGGGGUAACUGAAUGGGGGCGUGUUAUCUCCUCAUGUUUGUGUCGUGCGUGCACUUAUGGCUGCAGUUUUGUUUUAUUUGGGGUGGGGGGUGGUGACCUUUAUUUUCAUUAUUAUUAUUAUUUUUUUCAUUCUGAUGACGUGCUUGCGCUCACAAGACGCGCUUGGGAUGGACGGAUUUUGCUUGCGUGUGGCUGUCGGGUGUCUGUUGUUUUGUUGUGGAUGUGCACCCCUUUCUAUGCAAAGCGUGACGAAUUGUAGCCUUCUCCUAUUCUCUUUUGUUGAGUGCACUUUUUCUGUUGUUGGUAGUUGUUGUUUUGAAAUGGAAAGAAAUGCGUGUUUGUGGCUCGACCAACGAUCUGUCUGGUGUUGCCUUUUGUUCAGAGCCGUCUCGGCCUUUGGUCUCCUGCCACUGUACCGCAGACAUAGUCGGACACGUGAACGCUGGUAUAGCACCAUUGCCGAUGCCGUUUUUUUGAAGGCGCAGAGCGCCAGAUGUUCGGGAUCGUUGACAUGACACGAUGUGACUUUGAUGUUGUGUUUAUCUUUAGGAGGUGGUGCGUAUGCAGCUAUGUAUCUGCCCCUUCUGCCUGAGAGUACCUUUUGUUGGCUUUAAUAGCGAAAUGGAAACAAACCGGUUUCUCCACGAUCGUGGUUGAUACGGGAGCUCAUGUCGGCUGGUACGUUGUGGCAUCAGGAAACAUGACGUUUGUUUUUGCCGCAGGCGAGUCUUGGCGAAGUCCCUGUUGCACUUUUGCCCUCCUCAAUACGCUGGCAGCCUUACUUGUUCCUCGGAAUCGAGAUUUCUUGUCCGGCCCUUUUCGCGGAGAUUUCGGCUUGUUCUGCUGAGUUGUGCCAAGGUCGUGGUGCUUGUCAAGAUCCUUUGGGUGUUGGUGUGACGUUGACCUUGGCCUUGCCGUUUUCGUGUCAUAGACUCCAUGUUUGAUUCGCAGAUUUAGUGACACACGUUUUUUUUUUUUGUUGUUGCUUCGUGUGUGACCCUCCUUGCUCAAUCUGUCAUAGAUUUUUGUGAUGGGCCUCUUCGACUAGCGUGCAGCUCCCCAGCCAAUGAAAUCGCACAAUGUUGGCGCUUGCUGCCAUCCGGUUAGAUCUCUGGUGUGGACGACCUCACGGUUCGGAGGUCGGCGGUGCGGCGGCAGCGGCGGCAGCGGCGUACAGCCUGUGCGUGACGGUACCCUCGAUCGCGAUGUUGUAUGCACAUGAGAGCGGCAGCAGAGAGGCAUAGCCUCUGAGUGUUUGGCUGCGGAGGGUGUGAACGGUCAUGAUGGCAAUAUGGUAGGUAUUCGUGGGAAAUGGCGUGAACGGUGCCAACGUCGAAUACAACCCAUCCUUGAAGCGGUACAGGGACAGAACCGUCCCGUCCGAUGUUUGUCGUGAUUGGGGAUCUUUGAUGAUUUGAUUUGUUUUGAAUUUGUUGCUUGGCCUCGCGUACCGGUGGGAGAGGUGGGCGCUGUGUAUCGGUUCCCCUUUUCUCACAAGUCACUCUCGAAGUUUGACUGCUUGAUGUCCGUCUGGUUGUUAUCGAUAUCGCGUUCGUGCCGAUUUGUCUGGGUGACUUUAUUCCUCUUCGAUUUGGCGAGGCUUUGCGGAGUUUGACCAAUGCGGAUGUGAAAAAGUUGUUGAGUAGACUUUGGAAUGGUAAAUCGUUAAUAAAACAUCAA